UCCGGCGCACUUGGCUUCCGGCUUCCGCCCGCUCGGUUUGUUUGUGUACAGACUCAAAAGAGCUCGGCGUUUGCCCUUUUGCUCGGUUCCGAAGCCGCCGGCCGACCGAUCGAAAUGGCCACAGCCGCCGCGUCGUCCGGCGACGACUUGAGGAAGGAGUUGACCUGCGCCAUUUGCCUGGAUUUCUACACGGACCCCGUCAUCCUCAAGUGCGGACACAAUUUCUGCCGCUUCUGCAUCUGCAUGCACUGGGACGAAAAUGGCGGCGACUACGGUUACCAGUGUCCACAGUGUCGAACCGUGUUCAACAAAAGGACCUUCACCAAGAACUACCUGGUUCAGAACCUGGUGGCCAAGAUGGACGACCUGGAGUGCCUGGGUUCGGUCGCGUCCCCCGCCGGACCGCUCAAGAUGGACGGCGAGUGCCGGCUGCACGGCGAAGAGCUCAAGUUGUACUGCCAGACGGACAAAGAAGCCAUCUGCGUGGUGUGCCGGGAGUCCCGCGUGCACAGACAUCACGAGGUGGCUCCGGUCUCGGAAGUGGCCCACGACAUGAAGGUGGAGUUGCAUCUGCGUCUGAUGGACCUGAACCGUCACAGGUCUCAGUGCUUGCGAGUCAUCGCGGCCGACGAGCGCACCAAAAACGAAGUCAGGAUGAAGAAGCAGCGUUUGAAAGACAAAGUGGAGGCGGACGUGGGCGCCUUGGUGCAGUUCCUGCUGGACGAGCGAGACUCUCUGCUGGACAGCCUGGACGCCGAGGAGGCGGCGGCCGUGGCCGCGCUGGACGACAACCUCGACGCCGUCAAGGCCGAGGCGGCCGCCGCCGAACGCCGCCUCGCCGACGUCCGCGCGCACGUCGGUGGGGAGACCACCUUUCAGAGCCUGGCCGAGACCUUCAACGAUUGCGAUUUUGCCUCCGGACAGGGUGGUGCACGGGAAGCCGUUCCCCGAGGUGGAGCCGGAGGACAGUCCCACCGAGUUCACCGAUUUCUCGGGGCCCUUCCAGCUCAUCAUGUGGAAGAAGAUGAUGCACGUGCUACACACCAUGCCGCAGAACCUGACGUUGGACCCGGACACGGCGCACCCCAACCUGCUGAUCUCGGACUACGACACCAAGGUGGAGGAGGUGCGCUCGCGCAACCCCCAGGAGCCCGACCUGCCGGACCGCUUCACGCGUUUCUGCGGCGUGCUGGCCACGGCGCAGUACUGCGGCGGCCAGCACUACUGGGAGGUGGACGUGCGCGACAAGGGCGUGUGGUACCUGGGCGUGACCGCCCAGGGCAGCAAGCGCAAGGGCUUCGUCAGCCUGACGCCGGCCGCCGGCUACUGGAGCCUGUGCCUGCAGGACCGCCUGUACGCCAACGGCGUCGACGGCCGCGUGCCGGUGGCCGACUACUGGAACUCCCCGCGCGUGGGCGUCUACCUGGACUACGACCGCGGCCUGCUCAGCUUCUACGACGCCGUCACCAUGAAGCUCCUCUACGUCUUCGACACCUGCUUCCACCGACCCGUCUACCCCUUCUUCAGCCCCGGCAAGAACGACCCGGGCAGCCGUCUGCGCAUCUGCCACUACUACUGAAAGACCAACGCUUUCUUUUUCCCGCCGUCUUAACCGUUCUUUCCGAAGAACGCUGUUGUUUUAAUGAUGACCCGUCUCGUUUUUUUAAAAAUCGUAUUGUAUCACCCAUUUGAUUGUUUUUUAAAAUCGUCUAAUAAAACAAUCGUACAAAAUGACUUUUUUUUUUUUUAAUACUCCAGCAACCCCAAAAUCUACAGGAAGUGUCUUAGCUGGUGACCUACCGCAGCUAAAGACAGCGUUGCGUUUUUUUAAUUGAAGUUUGUAAAAUAAAACUGAGGCCACAAGAGCUUUUGCAAAUGUUUUUUUUAAUAUUUACAAUAAAACUUUGUUUGG